AUGAGUCGUGCAAACGUUCGAAAUUUUAGCGGAAGAGCUGUUUUGGCUUUGCCACCUCCUCCAGAAAGAUUUACAUAUGAUGAGUGGCAGCAACAAACCACUCAGAAAUUUCGUGCCGCUGAUGAUCAAGCACUUUUGUCUGAUAGAAUUUUAGAGGAGAGUGCAAGAGUAAUUGAUAAUAUAAAUGAAAAAUUAGAUAAAAAUAAGGAAGUAACUGAACUGAAAAUGAAGGAAAGAGUUGGUGAUAUUGAAUUUUUAAGAAAUGAAGUUGAAAGAUCAAGAACUGUCAUUCAAGUCGAGUUGGAAGCUCUAAAUGCUUUUAAAGAAAGAAUUCGGGAUGCAUUAAAUUCAAUUAAAAAUAUAGGAAAGACAAGGACUCAAAGAUGUUGCAUAUUAAGGGAAAAUAGAUUGGGAAUUGACUUAGUGCAGGAUAAUGUUGAAGUUGAAUUAAGAAAAGAAAUUAAAACAAUAGGUUCUUCUGAAAUGAUCCUUCAAAGAACAUUGGAGCAAGUUGAUGAAAUUAUGAGAGAACUAAGGGCUGCAUUAUUCUUACUUGAUAGGGACUUGGAAGAUAAAUUAAAAGUAUUAAACAUAGAAAGAGAUUGUUUAAAUUUGAAAACUACAGAUCUGAAUCUUUCUACAUAUCAUGGUACCAGACCUUUAAAUGUUUCAAAUGUAGCUUUCCAUGAAUGGCAGCGCUACACAGAUGAUAUGAUACUCAAGGGUUUUAAAAAUGUCAAUACAGCUAGAAAUUUUAGAAAUGUUGUGGAUAGAGUAUUAAAAGAUGUUGUGGAAGAUUUAAGAAAUCAAUAUAAUGCUGUUAAUGAAGCAUUUAGUCAAAGAAUCGAAGAACAGAAAGAAAUGAAAGUCAAAUUUGAAAAACAACUUUUUGAAGAAACGGGACAAGUGAACGAUAUGAAAAAUCACAUAAUUCAAUUGAAAAAAUCAAUAGAAGACAAAUCAGGAUUUUUAGCAUUGGCUCAAACUCGUCUUAAAAAAAGACAAGAAAGACCUGGUGUUGAGCUUGUCAAGGACAGAGUUGAAAUGGCUUUAAUUUGUGAAGUAUCAGAUAUAGAAAAUUCUAUUUCGAAACUUCAAAAAUCACUUGUCGAGGCUGAGAAAUCAUUGAGAUGCCUUUUGGAAACUCAACUUCAUUUGGAAGAAGAAAUAAAUAUUAAAAAUAACAGUAUUAAAAUUGAUGAAGUUGAUUGUUUGACAAUAAGAGAAAAUAUUAUUUAUGAAUUAUUUUAA